UUAGAGCUUGGAUGAAGCCGAUCAAUACGAGGCCCGCCGCACUCAUCUGUGCUGGAAAAUGUGCUGAUAGUCAGUAAAUUCCUCCCUACUUGUAGUCGUAAGAAUUUUUUAAAUAUUUAGCUGAGUGUAACAUUACGUGGUUGUGACUGAUUGAAGUGCGCCUAAAAGUAAUUUUUUCAAUAAAAUAUUUUUGUACGUGUAGUAUGCAAUGGUUACUAUUUGACACAAUACCUAAGAACAGUGAAGAUCAGGAACAUCGAACGAAAUUAUGUAAGAACAUGGUACGAUCGAAAGUGCUACAUUUUUUUUCAACAAUCAAUUUUAAAGACAGUCACGAUUUAAGGUUUAACAUCAUUUUUGAUACACAGAAUUUUUAAAUAACCCACACAUAUCUGGUUCUUUUGAAGAAAAUUAUAGUGAAUCAUUUACACUUCUAAAAUGAACUUUUAUUUGCAACUGAUAUUAAAUAAUUUCAUUUGUUUGUUCGAGAUAAAUAUAACGCGCGUUAAUAAAUAAAAUUAAAUAAUGAAUGUAUACACUCGUGAUUACUUAAUACUGCAAAUAGUAUAAUUUUUGCUUGUCGUUAUAAUGUGAGUGCUCAAAGACUGUUUUCUUCGUAAACGUAGUUAACACAAUUUUCGCGAGAGCGUUAUUUUCGCAAUAAGUGAUGUAUUACGCAAUUACUCGCGCAUUUCCAAACUCCUAAUCAUGAACAUUUAAAGGAAACGGGAAUUAUUUUAUUAUGUAUCAUAAAUUACUAACAAUUGUUGAGCGAUUUAUGUACGACUAUUCCAUCAUCCAUGGGAAAUAUACCAGUAAAACCUGAAAAUCACACAACGAUUUACACUAAACUUGAGUCUAAUAAGUGCAAUAACAAAACUUGCUUGUAACUAAUAUAGUGAAUUUAGAAACAUUUCCUUUUCAAUACCUGUGCCCGAAAAGGGGGCCAACUGCUGUAAGGGAUGUUCACAAUUCUGAUUUCGACCUAUUGGUACUUAUGGGCGGCUGUAUUAGCAGGACUUGCAAUAACAGCUGUGUGCGCUUGUUGGUUCUGGAAACAUUAUGCAACUGGCUCAAUUGAAGAUGGGUCUCCAUCAGACAGAAUGUCAGCAGCUUCCUGUUACUUACCUCCGCAUUACAGCCGAUGCAGUUCGUUUUUUCAAGCUCUACCACCUCCUUACAAUGAGGUGACAUCAAAGCCGGACCUGUAUCCGUUGGUGAUUGGCUAUGACGAAGGCAUAGGCAAAAGUACUUCCGGCUUGGUGAUGCGCUACUUUCGAUCUUUGUCUCACGCGAGUACGUUGGAUUCUCUGAGCUCAAGUUUUAUGUGCAAUGUGGUUAACGAGGCUAACACUAUUAUCCCACCACCAUACUCCUGUAAUAAUAGCAUAGAUGAAUUGUCAACCGUUGAAUGCAGCCGAGGUCCAAACUUGAAUGGCGGAUCUAUCAUUUCACUAGCAAACCACAGGACAACUUCUGAUAUCUCUAGUCUGGCAGCUCAAUCCCCUUGCUCACCUCCCAGAGCGACUACUCCCACUAUAGAGGUGAGGGAAUUAUUGGAUAAGAUCCACCAGCUCCCUGCACAGUUUCCACACGAGCCAAACGUCAACGUUUUAACGACGCAAAAUCGACCACAAAUGCUUCAUAGUUUGAGUUCGUUCGGGGCCUUGACACGGCCUCUAAGUCCUGGAGAAUUAGUGGCAUUUAGGCCCAGAAGAGCUCGAGGGAAGAUGUAUAUGCCUCUUGGCCUACCGAGUUCAAGAAGUAAGUCAAAAAGGUGGCUUUCUCGAUCAGCGCCCACAACACCAUGCGGGACCGCACCUCCGCCGCUAUUACCUGGGCAGAAUAGGAGACCAUCCCAAGUCGAGAAUAAGAGUAUAGACUAUCAGGGCGUUCCCUUGCUUUCUGAACAGGAUGAAGAACCACAGCAAGUUUGACAGGAUGAGAAUUUGGUGCCUGAGAAUAAGUAAAAUAACGUUUUUAUGAAACAAAAUCUUGAUAAAACAGGUUCUCAUUGAACAAUAAGAGCUUUCGAUCCCUGAUUGAAAAGUGGGUAUAUGUGACACAUUUUAGUACACUAAUAAGUAAGUUUCAAAUUAUACAUUACAUUCCGCAGCAGCAAAAGUAUACCAAUAUGUAUGCAUUAUCUCUUCAAAUAAAUCUUCAAAGCUUCAAAUGUUAAUGCUCAAGAUAGCUUUGAAUAUUAUAGAACCUGCUGCGUUAACUUUCAUAAACCUUCUAUAGGUAGAUAUACAAACAAGGGAAAUAAUUUAAGCAAUCUUCUCAACUAGAUCAAUUCUAAUAGAUGUAUAUUUAUAACAAAACUAUUUCAUGUUGUAAAACAUUAAGUUUUCAGAUUACCGGAAAGCUGUUCGCAGUUAUAUUACUUGAAUAAUUACACCUUGUGAUAGAAUAUUAUUACGAAAAAAGACGUAAAAUGAAACUUCACACACCAAUAGAUCACGUGAUCUAAAGAUUUGAGAGAUUUAUUAAUACACACAAUUUACCUAAGCAACGAUUACAGAAACCUUUUACCUGACCUAUAUCUCAUAGGUAGGUACAUGCAAUAAUAUAUUCAAACAUUACGUACAUGAUUACUUAUUGUUAAACAGGAUGAGUGAAAUAAUCGAUAAAUAAUGAUAUUGCAAAGUACUACAUGCUGAACUAAUUUAGAGAAAUAAUACGUCCAUUCUGGCCUUCCAUUGUAGGGAAUUAAUAUUCAUACAAGAGACAAAAGAGAAAUAAAACUAACAAUUCCAGGACAAUAUGCAGAAAAUUUAUACAAGAAGGAUAGUAGUACACGAACAUUGCAUGUAUAGGAUGUGCCUACAACGGAAUCCUUACAUAAUAGAAUAAUCUCAGCUGAAAUUUCAGGCCUGACAAUAACGCCCUGCGUGUUGAAUUGAAAGUGUCCCGAUAUUUGUUUAGUAAAGCGAUUACGUGAUUUACAGCCAGUUCUGAACUCAUUAUUAUCCAACAGUAAAUCUUCAACCAAAUUAAUCUGAAAUAUACCUAGGAAAGCUAAAAAAAAAAUAUUUAAAAAAAUAUUAACGAGGCCUGACAAUGUCAUAUAAAAAUUGUAAGUAAUUUAUGUAUGCACUGUGUAGUUACAUGUAUUUUUUUAUGGAGUCUAAUGUGAAUAAAAAUGAGCUGUUGUGGCAGGAGAAAAUCA